AUGUCGAUAGACUGUAGUGCAGGUCGACCUACAGGAUUUUACAACACAGCACAACCCUCGUACAAACACCAGGCACAACCCUCGUACAAACACCAGGCACAACCCUCGUACAAACACCAGGCACAACCCGCGUACAAACACCAGGCACAACCCUCGUACAAACACCAGGCACAACCCUCGUACAGACACCAGGCACAACCCUCGUACAAACACCAGGCACAACCCUCUUACAGACACCAGGCACAACCCUCGUACAGACACCAGGCACAACCCUCGUACAAACACCAGGCACAACCCUCGUACAAACACCAGGCACAACCCUCGUACAAACACCAGGCACAACCCGCGUACAAACACCAGGCACAACCCGCGUACAAACACCAGGCACAAUCCUCGUACAAACACCAGGCACAACCCUCGUACAAACACCAGGCACAACCCUCGUACAGACACCAGGCACAACCCGCGUACAAACACCAGGCACAACCCUCUUACAGACACCAGGCACAACCCUCGUACAGACACCAGGCACAACCCUCGUAGACACACCAGGCACAACCCUCUUACAGACACCAGGCACAACCCGCGUACAAACACCAGGCACAACCCUCUUACAGACACCAGGCACAACCCUCGUACAGACACCAGGCACAACCCUCGCACAACCCCCGUACUACAGCACACCUUACAAAACAGGCACACCCGUACAAACACCAGGCACAACCCUCGUACAAACACCAGGCACAACCCUCGUACAAACACCAGGCACAACUCGCGUACAAACACCAGGCACAACCCUCGUACAAACACCAGACACAACCCUCUUACAAACACCAGGCACAACCCUCGUACAAACACCAGGCACAACCCUCUUACAAACACAGCAACCGGUCAAACACAGAAACCCUCGCACAAUACAAACACCAGGCACAACCCUCGUACAAACACCAGGCACAACCCUCGUACAAACACCAGGCACAACCCUCGUACAAACACCAGGCACAACCCUCUUACAAACACCAGGCACAACCCUCGUACAAACACCAGGCACAACCCUCGUACAAACACCAGGCACAACCCUCGUACAAACACCAGCACAACCUCUACAGACACCCGGCACAACCCUCGUACAAACACCAGGCACAACCUCGCACAACCCUCGUACAAACACCAGGCACAACCCUGUACAAACACCAGGCACAACCCUCGUACAAACACCAGGCACAACCCUCUUACAAACACCAGGCACAACCCUCGUACAAACACCAGGCACAACCCUCGUACAAACACCAGGCACAACCCUCUUACAAACACCAGACACAACCCUCGUACAAACACCAGACACAACCCUCGUACAAACACCAGGCACGUGUCCAAAGAAUUAGAAUGACCGUGUAA